AUGGCGAUCCUCGAGGAUGUCCCAGACUCCCCACCGCCUAUCAGAAAUCGCAAACUUCCCCGCAAAUCCAAAUCCAAAUCACAGAAAAAGGCAACAGCCGACUCUGAAAUUCCACUGAAACGUCCCUCCUCCAACCCAUCACCCUCGACACCCCCACUUCUCGAUGUUCCACUGCCUGGGACAGUCCCAGCGGGAUUCGUACCCCAAUACGUGUCCUCGGCAGAGGAAAUCGAGGCUCUCAAUGCGUCUCUAGAGUCGCGUCACACGUGUCAAGACGAUGUCCACGACGCUCGGGAAGAUGAGAUCUUCAACACCCUCAUCAUGGCCGUGCCAUUUACAUUCUUGUACAUACUGCUGGACAUACUGGUACACCUCCAGUACAGCCACAGACCAAGUUAUGAUCUGCUGAUCAACCACACCAUCAAAGCAUUUCCCACUUUGGCUUUGCUCGUCUUUUACACAAAUAGACACGCGGGUCACUUCUCCACCAACUCCGCUCUUAUGGCUGCAUCUAUCCUCUCUGGGUGUAGGCUGAUCUGGCUCGUCAACAAAGCCAGCUGGAGCGUGGUGACAGCUCAGGCCCCAUCAAUGGGCACCCUCUGGAUACUGACCAUCAUUCAGCUGCCGCUUGGCAGGGCAGUCAUGUGUCUGGUGAUCGUUGGGGGCUGGAUAUGGCGGUCAGGAUUGAGCGUGGCGCCGUAG